AUGGCGGAGGCUCGUCUCACCGCAUCACGUGGAGGCAAUCGAGCCGCUGCGACUCGUUUAAUCAACAGGAUUAAUACUAUCGUUGCAGAUGUUGCCACAACGAGAGCCCAAAAAAUCCACGAACUUCAAAAUAAAAUUGAAAGUCUCGAAGAAAAGAUGGCAACCAUAGCAGACAUCGACAAAGCCAUUCAAGAUGAAUUAGAUCCUGAAGAUGUUCAAGCAGAGAUAGAGGCAGCCGAUACUCAUAAUCAAACUUAUUGUGACGCUAGGGACGGCUUUACAUUUCAACUGAAAACGCUGCAAGUUGCCGAAGCUGCAGCUAACGCAAAUCUCGCUCUCGCUACAGCUCCAGUCGUUCCUGCCGCUCCUGCUACACCUGGUCCUUCUGCCAGUAUGCUUCCGAAACUUGAUUUGCCCACCUUCAAAGGCGACAUUCUUCAAUGGUCCAGCUUUUGGGACGUUUUUGAAUCCGAAGUCGAUUCCAAAAGCUAUGGCGGCGCUACAAAAUUCAACUUUCUCAUCUCCAAACUCGAAGGAGAAGCAAAGGCCUCUCUUCUCGGUCUAACCUCUUCAAAUGACAACUACACCAAGGCUAAGGAUAUCCUUCGAUUACGCUACAGCCAACACAGGAAGGUGAUCACCGCUCACUACAAGGCGCUGAUCAACCUACCAGUCGCGAAUGCCACUCGCUCAAGUCUACGUGCGUUCGCCGAUCAACUUGAAUCCCACAUCCGUGGUCUCGAAGCCUUUGGAACGGCCCCUGCCUUCUACGGUGAUCUCCUCGUCUGUUUCUUGAUUGAUAAACUCGCCAUCGAUGUGCGUCGUAACCUCACACGCCAUCAAGGCAAUGCAGACUGGACUCUCGACGAGUUACGCAAUGCCAUCGCGCGAGAAAUCGAGAUUAUGGGUGAUACGUUUGAGCUUCCACCUCCUCGUCCGGCAUCGAAGCAAGUUCUCUUCAAUUCAUCGCAUCCUUCCCAAGCAACAAAGAAGCGAAUUUGUCCAUUUUGUUCUGGAGAGCAUUCGCCGACAAAAUGCUCCGAAUUCAAAACACCGGAAGAUCGCGCAAAAGUAGUGAAGAUAAAGAAGCUAUGUUCCAACUGUCUUCAUUCAGGACACACUAAUUUGAAAGACUGCCCUAAUCGUUUUCGGUGUCAACACUGUUCUCAGCAGCACCACACCAGCCUUCAUUUUGAAAAGAGACCGCCGGCAGUUGCCCCCGUUUGCUCACAUCUUACUUCUGCAUUUGCUAAUCUACUGAUCGAUGAUGGAUCACAAAUCACCUUUAUCACAGCUAGACUAGUCAAAUUACUCCGUCUUUAUCCAAUACGACGAGUAUCGCUCCUUCUCUCAGGCUUCAAAGGCAUUUCAGCAUCCUCCAUGGAACCAAGCUACUACGACGUCGUCCAUUUCUGGCUUCAAGGGUUAAACGGCGAACGUCUCUUAAUUCAAGCUGUUGUUCUUGACUCGAUUGUUGAACCUUUAGAAGACCCUCAUCGAGAAAUUCUCUCAACUCUGCCUCAUCUACAAAAUCUUCAGUUGGCUCAUCCUACGUCAACAGAUGAUCACUUUUCCUUCGAUAUCUUGAUUGGAGCUGAUUCAUAUUGGUCUAUCGUUGACGAUGAAAACAUUCAUGGCAACGGUCCUACAGCUGUCAACAGUUUUAUCGGAUAUCUCGUUUCUGGUCCACUUCAGGAUUACCAUGCAUCAACUCAACGAUCCAGAAUUCUUCCUGACGUCGAGAACGCAGAUGCAGCGGCGACCUAUCAAGCUGAUUGCAUUACUUAUCAAGGUAACCAGUACACAGCGCGGCUACCAUGGAAAGAUGAGCAUCCAGAACUGCCAUCUAAUUAUCUCAUUUGCCAACGACGAACUCGCCACACGGUUAAGAGUCUCCUGAAAAAACCUCAGCUCUUACAGCUGUACAGUAAAAUUAUUCGUGAUCAACUUUCCGCCGGUUUCAUCGAGCGGGUGUCUCGUACUCAACAGACACCACACGGUUGUCACUACAUUCCGCAUUUUGCUGUUCAAAAGGAUUCUGCUACAACUCCGAUUCGUAUCGUGUACGAUUGCUCCUGCAAGACAAGAAAUGGUGCAAGCCUCAACGACUGCCUCCUCAUUGGUCCUCCUCUUCAAAACGAUAUGCUCCACAUUCUGCUUCGAUUUCGUGUGCAUAGCAUUGGUUUUUCUUCCGACAUUGAGAAAGCAUUUCACAAGGUACAACUUCACGAAGCUGAUCGCGACUUCAUUCGCUUCCUUUGGCUCAGCGAUGACAACGAUCCCGAUUCCGACUUUGACAUUUUCCGUUUUAAAGUCGUUCCAUUCGAAGCAAGUAGCAGUCCAUUCAUUUUAAAUUCAGUGAUCAAAAAGCAUCUUAAGCGUAGUUCAACUCCCAUCAGUGUUGACAUCGAAUUUAAUAUCUACGUUGAUAAUCUGAUUUCGGGAAGUGAGACUCCAGAAGAAGCAUUGAAUUACUACGCUGAAUCACUCUCUACUUUUCAAGCCGCAUCGCUAUCCUUACAAUCAUGGGCUUUCAGCGAUCCAUCUCUCAACGAACGUGCAAUCUCUGAAGGUGUGGCGGAUGUUUCGACUCUCACCAAAACUUUGGGUCUUUUGUGGGAUCGCUCGACAGACACUCUACAGCUACCUCUCUUCUUCUUAGCGCCGUUUUGUUCCACUUCACCCACCAAGAGUGAUGUUCUUCGCGGACUUUCGUCCAUCUACGACCCACUUGGAUUUAUUACGCCUCUUUCUAUCCCUGCCCGCAUUCUCAUGCAAGAAAUUUGGAAAGAACAACUAGAAUGGGAAUAUCCUUUACCGGCUUCUUUCGCUGAUCACUGGCUUGGUUUAUGCAGCUCUCUUUCUAACGCAAAACCCAAGGUUCCCCGUUCCUACUUCGGUGAUAGGUCUCGCGUAAAAUCUCUUCAUAUUUUUGUCGACGCCAGUCAGCAAGCAUAUGGUGCUGUCGCCUACCUCCUUGACUGCCAGAAUUCUUCCUUCGUCAUGUCCAAAGCUCGAGUCGCCCCGUUGAAAGGCAACGGCCCUCAGUUGACUCUUCCGCAGCUGGAACUCAUGGCAGCCGUUAUUGGAACUCGCAUCGCGACAACGAUCAUCACCGCCUUCCAAGUCCUCGGGAUAUCUCUAUCAGUCACUAUGUGGUCUGAUAGUCAAAUUUUUUUAUAUUGGUUGUCAAAGAACGACCGACAGAAAAAUCUUUUCGUCGCUAAUCGUGUCUCCACGAUCAUCGCAUUCAACCGUCUUCAUCAUGCCAAUUGGCAUUACUGCCCUACUGCUUCAAAUCCAGCUGGUCUGGUAACGAGAGGCCUAACGCUCCACCAACUUCAAUCGUCUCCGAUUUGGACAAGGGGCCCACUAUGGUUAUCUUCCGAAGAUGAAUGGCCGCAAUGGAGCGUAUCUAGCCUCAGUCAAGUCAAAAUUCUUCACCUUGCAGAAAUUUCCACCAUCGCAGCUCCGGAACGACUCCCCCUGCCAAUGGAUAUUUCAACAGUUAUCGACAUCGCCCGUUUCAACUAG